AUCCGAAUCGACUACGAUUGCAAAAGUGCCCAAGUUGCAAACAAAGAGCGAUGCUGACAACAUACAUGAUGAGGCGCACCACACACUUCGUUAGUCAGCGACGCUGCGCGCACUAAAAGCUCUGACCUCAAGCUUUCAGACCUCGGGAGGGGGCGAAGUGAUUUUCUCUCUUCUUACACUUCCUUCUCAUCACAACCAUGUCGAGUAUUGCACCCACAGUCGUGAGGCAGGCCCUGCGCAUUGCCUCUCGCCGAUAUCCAUCGUCUGCGUUUGCUCGUCUCUCUAAUGUCCGCCGCCACUAUGUCUCUGAGUCGAAGCCGUCGAUGGCGACGGUCGACACAGCUAUGGAUCAGGCCAUCAGAAAAGACCAAAAAUCCUUUCUCAAGCAGACUGGCGAAAAGGCAGUAGAGGAUGCAACCAUGCCAACAACCGGCAUGGGCGCAGAGGCGAUGCUGAGUCCCACUGCAGGCAUACUCAAGCAAGCCACUGUCAUGGACCAGGGCUCUCGCCCCAUCUACCUAGACAUGCAAGCUACGACGCCCAUGGACCCGCGUGUAGUAGACAAGAUGAUGCCUUUCAUGACCGGCAUGUACGGCAACCCCCAUUCGCGAACCCACGCCUAUGGGUGGGAAACCGACAAGGCCGUAGAAGAUGCUCGCGAACACAUUGCCAACCUCAUCGGUGCAGACCCAAAGGAGAUCAUCUUCACCAGCGGGGCCACCGAGAGCAACAACAUGAGUAUCAAGGGUGUAGCACGCUUCUUCGGACGUGGAGGCAAGAAGAAGCACAUCAUCACCGCACAGACCGAGCACAAGUGUGUACUUGACAGCUGUAGACAUUUGCAAGAUGAGGGCUUCUCCGUCACUUACCUGCCAGUAGGAAACAACGGCCUCAUCGACAUGGCACAGCUCGAGGCCGCCAUGCGCCCAGACACUGCCAUUGAGAUUGGAGCUCUCUGCCGAUCGAAGAAGAUCUUCUUCCACACUGAUGCGGCGCAGGCUGUCGGCAAGAUCCCUAUCGAUGUCAACAAGAUGAACGUCGACUUGAUGUCGAUAUCCGGCCACAAGAUCUACGGACCAAAGGGCAUCGGCGCAUGUUACGUACGACGUAGGCCUAGGGUCAGACUCGACCCCAUCAUCAGCGGUGGUGGUCAAGAGCGAGGACUUCGUAGUGGCACGCUAGCACCUCCUCUCGCCAUCGGCAUGGGAGAGGCUGCACGGAUAUGCAAAGAGGAGAUGGAGUAUGACACCAAGCGCAUUUCCGCGCUCUCAAACCGUCUGCUUGAAGGCCUCUUGUCGCUCGAACACACCACGUUGAACGGCGAUCGAGAACGGCACUACCCUGGAUGUGUGAACGUAUCCUUUGCCUACGUCGAGGGUGAGUCGCUUCUCAUGGCGCUCAAGGAUAUCGCCCUCUCCUCUGGCAGCGCUUGCACAUCGGCGUCGCUCGAACCCAGCUAUGUCCUCCGAGCGCUUGGCAGCAGUGACGAGAGUGCACACAGCAGUAUCCGCUUCGGUAUCGGUCGCUUCACCACAGACUCCGAGAUCGACUACGUACUCAAGGCCGUCAAGGAGCGAGUGACGUUCCUGCGAGAGCUCAGCCCGCUCUGGGAGCUCGUGCAAGAGGGUGUUGACUUGAACACGAUUGAGUGGAGUCAGCAUUGA